CUGCCGCGCGAAUCCCCCUUCGUCUUCGGCUUCGAUUUCUCUACCAACUGUGUCCUUGAGCUUCUUCUAGGCUGUGGUGAUUCUCGUGUGGCAUGACCUCAAUCGGGUCACCGUUUUUCUUCUUCUUUUUUUUUUUUUUUUUUUUUUUUUUUCUUAUUCUGCUCUGUGUUGCAAUCGUCUUGAUUACCUCUUCAUCUCAUCGCAGCUCACCCCGUUUCUCACUCCGCACAAGUUUGCUCAGCUGCAUUCCUUCCCUCAGCUGCAAAAUUCUGUGGUCUAUUGUGGCGGGGUGUUCGAUCCCACGAUCGUCGUGCCCUGUUUUGUACCAUGGAAUUCCUCACUUCAUCGGCCUUGCUUCGAGAAUCAGCUUUAGGUCAUCUUGAGAAUUGGGGGUGAUUUGUUGGAGGAUUCUCGCCCAUGAUCACAGACGGUAGCGCAUGUGAACCUUUCGCCAGCGUCUUUUAUUCAGCCAGAUAGGACAUGUCAGCCGGAUGGUGAUAGUGCAAGGACGUAGGAGAUGUUGGGUUAGGCAGGUUGAAUUUUAGUGCUAUGCCCGACAGCUAGUUCCUGCUUUACCGGAUACUUGUAUUCAUAGCGCACUGGGGUGCGGUUAACCGUAAGGUGGAGCACGAUGGGUUCCUCCGCGAUGGACGCCAUGCAAGUCCUCUUCUCAGCUUUUGACACUGGGAUGUCGAGCGUGUGGCGAGAGGAGGAUCGUUCAUGGCGUAACGAAGACAGGCAGUGGAGAAGCGAAGAUAUCGAGUACAGAAAAGAGGAAAGGGAAUGGCGGGAGCAAGAGAAAGACAUGAGGGAGUCGGAGCUCAGAUGGCGAGAGGAAGACAUGGAGCAGCGACAUGUGGAUAAUGCAAGAUAUCUCUGGGCUAGAUUUGUGGAGAAGAAUCGGAGGGAUGUAGAAGAGAAAUCGGAACAACUUAAAGCAGUUUCGAGCCUUGCUGCGCUCUUUGCAGGCUUUGCUGUAGUGACACUAACGCAAUUUGGGUUUGACGCGGACACUGUAGGAAUUGUAUGGAUUGCGCUAUAUGGAGUCUUGACUGCGUUAGUGGUUGGUCUCAUGACUAUCUCCAUGGUGACUUGCACCCUCAUCCUGGGCAGCAUAUUGAAGAACGGAAAGCUUUAUGUUAAUGAGGAAGCGGAAGAGGAAUUUAUGUUCAUGUGUAAAGCGUUUGUAAGGAACCACAGAGAUAAUCCUGAUCUGAAACCACCCUCCCCACGACGAACAUUUGAGGCAUUUUGGCGGAUCAGGUGUGAGACAGAUUGGCGACGUUCCUUCCAACUGUUUGCAUUAGGUGUUUUGUCCUUCUUGGUUAGUCUAAUACCGAUAGGAUGGAUCAAAUUCUCAUAUUCCCCUGUCACAGCUGGCUUGUUUAUGGGCAUUGUAGGAAUUUCAGUUAUUGUUUGGGGAUGUGUCCAGUAUUCAUGGGGCACACAUAUGACCAGUAACAUACAUAGCUUAGAGGAGCACAAAAUCAGAGAGGACCAUGCAGGUCUUCCGUUCGACUGGCAUCUUUCCCCCCUCCCAUCAAACAAACUCUGAUACCAUCACACUGAUCAAUUUAGACAAGUUUUAUAGCCACUUUUCAUUUUUUUUAUUUAUUAGGUCAAGGGCUCUGACAUUGGGGUCAAUCAACUUUGACUAAGAGCCCUAACGAAACGUCUGCCCUGUGAAAAUGUACAUCAAUCCAAUUCUGCACUACAAAAAAAUUAAUGUGCGUGUUCACUUA